GAGAAAAGUCAAACAAAUGACUACGCUCUGUUAUUCUUCUAACCAUACUCAAACAUUGUUAGUCAAGGUCAUUUCUUUGAAUGGAGAACAUAACAAGAUAACGGUUACCAUCACUACUUGUUAUGAAACCCAAAAUGUAGCCAACAAAAUAUUUCGUUUGAAACUUUUCGACGAAAAAGACCCCUUUUUAUUUUACGAAUGUUAUUGGGAUGAAGAUAGUUUUCUCGUCUUCAAACACCAACAAAACCUGUUGGUGGAUUUUCAAGGUUUUGGGAGCAAAUUUCACGAGUUGUUGUCCAACUGUCGAGAGGAUAAGGAAAGGUUUCAAGCCACUUUAUCCAUGAAAGACAAAGAAUUGGCAACUUUGAUAAUUGAAGAAAACACUCGAUUCCGGACACUGACUUAUCUAUCUGUUGAUUUAAAUGUUGCGAGCCACGAGACGAUACAUAAUCAUUUUAAAUUAUCGCUGAAUAGACUAUACGGAAUGAUAGAGAAUAUGCAGUCGCAAGUUGCUCAUUUGGAAACUCAGUUGGGACAAGAGAAGAGUAAAAAUGAGCAGCUUUCCAAUCAGUUGCAUCAACUUGAAUCAGAUACUGAACGUCAAUUGGAAGAUUGGAAAAGAGAAAAGGAACGACAGUUGAACCAAAUUAGAGAAGAGAAGAAAGCUGAAAGAGAGAAAUUAUGGGAAGAUUUGGAAGCACAGAAAAGAGAAGAUAUAAAAGUGUAUCAAGAUGAAGUCCUUGUUUGGAAACAAAAAGCUGAACAAUGGAAUACCGAAGUAACUCAUUUACGAGAGUUGUUGGAACAAACUCAAAAAGAACUGAAAGGAAUGCGUUCCAAAAGAGAUGAACUAGAGUCACAAUUUGAUCAAGCUAAAGCUGACUUGAAAACUAUGAAACAAGAGAAAGAACAUUACUUAUUAGAUUUGGAACAAAAGACUAGCCGUUUGGAAGAGUUGGAAAGACGGAAUCGGGAAUUGUCUACUCAAAUAGAAGAAUGGCAAACCCAAUCAGAGUUUCAGACUCGUGAAUGGGAAAAGGUAAUGAAAUAUCAAAGGACAGAACAGAAUACUAAAGAAGCUUUCAAGGAUAAAGAAGAAAAAGAAAAUUUGAAGACCCAGUUGGAAUUGUAUCGGAUGAGUCGUAGUCGUUUGGAAGAAAAACUCAAAAGUUCUAUUGGAGAAAUCAACAAAGGCAACAGUAUCAUUGAAAAACUUCAAGAAGAGUUGAAGAACGCGAGACAAAAGGCAAAAAUGAAGACAACCAUUGCCAAUCAACAAGAACAACUAUUACAAGAGAAACAACAUAAAAUAGAACAACUCAUACAAGAGAUGCAAGUUUUGAAUCAAAAAGUCUCAAGCAAAGAACGCGAGUUGGAGCAUUUAAAUCAAUCUUUCCAGACUUGUAAUGCGAAAUUGGAGGAAAACCAAAAAGUAUUGGAAAGUAACCAGCAAUUGAUCAAUUGGCUUAAUAAGGAAUUGAAUGAACUGCAGUUGUCUAGUCAGAUUUUUUCGAAGCCUUUGAAGUCUUCAUUUGCGACCUUUCCUUCAGCAGCAGCCUACAAUAAGAAAGAUCGUUCUGCUUCCAAUCCUUUGGAUAACAAUCCUUCUGCUGCCACAAGUAGAAAAGAAACAUUAGUGGAUAAAGCAUGAAACUCAUUUGACCCAAAAUUGUUAUGAUGACUUUCUUGUAUAUUUGUGAAUGAAAUAAAUAGAUAAAAAAUGGAUUGAGGAA